UCCGGUCCUUUCCGCCUUGGGCCUGCUGCGGCAGGUUUCCCGGUGGCCGGUGGGAACCAAGGAUGACUUUGGACGGGGGUCUAGUUUGAGGCUAAAACUGAGCGCGGCUUCUCCCGGCUGAAGGGGACGCAGCGACGAAGAGCUCUGUAGCACCCGAAAGGCUGAAAAUAUCCCACCCCCAGCCUCUUCAGGGCUGCACCACGGACAUGGCAAGGUUCCACUCUGCAGUGUAUAUUGACCCCCAAAACGUGCUGGCCAAGGCGCUCUACGACAAUGUGGCCGAGUCCCCGGACGAGCUCUCCUUCCGUAAGGGCGACAUCAUGACGGUGCUGGAGCGCAACACGCAAGGGCUGGAUGGCUGGUGGCUCUGCUCCUUGCACGGGCGGCAGGGCAUCGUCCCCGGCAACCGCCUCAAGAUCCUGGUGGGCAUGUACGACAAGAAGCAGCUGCCGCAGCAGCAGACGCCACAGACACCACAGCAGACGCCGCAACCGACGGGGCAGACCCCCCUGGCCUACACUCACCAAGGGGGCUACACCACGUCCCCCGCCUCCCAGUACACCUCUAUGCACCCCUCCUUCCUGCCCCAAGAGGACAAUGUCUACCUGGUGCCGGCGCCAAACAAGGCCCCGGGGGCACCCCUCCACCAGGGCACAGUGACCGCGGGCCAGUUCCAGUCGCCCCCGGGCAAGCAGCCCCCUGCCUAUCCAAAGCAGAGCCCCUCUCAAUGCCAUGAGGUGUACCAAGUACCAGCUGGACCGGCCAGCCCGCCCCAGGACAUUUACCAGGUCCCUCCAGCUCCCGCGGGGCUGGGGCAGGACAUCUACCAGGUGCCUCCUUCGCUGGAUGGACGGGGAUGGGAAGCCCCAAAGACCCAAGGAAAGGUUGUCGUCCCCACGCGUGUGGGUCAGGUCUACGUCUAUGACUCCCCCAAAGGAGAGCAGGAUGAGUAUGACUUUCCCCGCCACCUCCAAGAGAUCUACGACGUGCCCCCGACUCGGGGUCUACUGGGGAACCAAGGCAGCCAGGAGGUAUAUGACACCCCCACCUUGGCAGUCAAGGGCCCCAACAGCAGGGAUCUGGCUCAUGCCCAGGAUAUUUAUGAUGUGCCCCCCAGUGUGGAAAAAGGCCUGCAGGUGGUGUACGACAUCCCCCCAUCGGUCAGCAAAGACGUCCCUGAUGGCCCUGCGCGGGAGGAGACCUACGACGUGCCCCCCGUCUUCUGCAAGGCCAAGCCGUUUGAUCCUUUACGGCACCCGCUCAUCCUUGCCCAGCCCUCUGCACCGGCGGCAGAGCCUUACCUGCCCGAGGAUGUGUACGACGUACCUCCGGCCGCCAACAAAGGGGUUCCCGAGGCCCAGGAGAUAUACGACGUGCCGCCCGGCCUGAGGAAGCUGGCGAGCCAGGAGGUCUACGACGUGCCGCGGGAACUGCCGGUGGGCAGCAAAGACGGGGAGGGUGACUACAUCUACGACGUGCCGCCCCAGGUGGACCGGGAGGGCAAGGCGGGCGACGGCAAGCGCCUCUCGGCCUCCAGCACGGGCAGCACCCGCAGCAACCACUCCAGCUCCUCCCUGGACAUGGUGCCCGUCAAGGAGGCCCCUGACAGGGACUUGCACCUCGACCAGGACGUUGCCAUGGAGACGCUGGCCCGGCUCCAGGGCAACGUGGGCACCGCCGUCUCCUACCUCAUGUCCUUCAUCAGCGGCAGCUGGCGCAGCCCUGAGCAGAUGGAGGUGCAAGCGGCCCGCAUCCAGGGGGCGGCCGAGAGCGUCCGGGGGGCGCUGCGGGAACUGCUGGAGUUUGCCCGCGCGGCCGUGAGCAGCGCCUCGCAGGCCUCGGACCGCUCCCUCUACGCCAAGCUGAGCAAGCAGGUGCAGAAGAUGGAGGACGUGUACCAGGCUCUGCUACGGCACAGCCAGGCUCUGGAUGCCUGUGGCUGGGCCCCCGGCGCCCUGGUGGCUGGCAAGCCGGGGUCCCCGCCGGACGACCUGGAGCACCUGGUAAUGUACUCGCGGGGGGUGCCGGACGACACCAAGCAGUUGGCCUCCUUCCUGCACGGGAACGCCUCCUUGCUCUUCCGGAGGACCAAGGUGCCCCCCACCUCCCUGGGAGGGGAUGGCAGCCUCGCCCACGGCACCCCGGCUGACAAGGCAAGCAGCAUCCAGUCCCGGCCCUUGCCCUCUCCACCCAAGUUCCUGACCCAGGACUCGCCCGAGGGGCAGUAUGAGAACAGCGAGGGCGGCUGGAUGGAAGACUAUGACUACGUCCACCUGCAGGGAAAGGAAGAGUUUGAGAAAACCCAGAAGGAGCUGCUUGAGAGGGGAAACAUCAUCCGGCAAGGGAAGGGGCACCUGGAGCAGCAACAGCUGAAGCAGUUUGAGCGCCUGGAGCAGGAGGUCACGCGGCCCAUCGACAACGACCUGUCCAACUGGACGCCCCCGCAGCACUACGCCCACGUGCGGGCCGGGGACGGCGCCUCCCUCUGCCCCUCCGACCGGCAGCUGCUCCUCUUCUACCUGGAGCAGUGCGAGGCCAACCUCACCACCCUGACCAACGCCGUGGACGCCUUCUUCACGGCCGUCAGCACCAACCAGCCCCCCAAGAUCUUCGUGGCGCACAGCAAGUUCGUCAUCCUGAGCGCUCACAAGCUGGUCUUCAUCGGGGACACUCUCUCGCGCCAGGCCAAGGCCCAGGACGUGCGUCACAAGGUCACCCACUACAGCAACCUGCUUUGCGACAUGCUCAAGGAGAUUGUGGCCACCACCAAGGUGGCCGCGCUACAGUACCCCUCCCCCGCCGCUGCCCAGGACAUGGUGGCACGGGUCCACGAGCUCGCCAACAGCACGCAGCAGUUCCGGAUGGUGCUGGGGCAGCUUGCGGCCAUGUGAAGCCCGCCCUUGGCUUCGUAGGGGCGGGGGGAGGCCUGCCGAUGAUCCACACCCACCCACCCAAACACUGCAAAUGGGCUGUAAAUACUUAUCCAGACUCUCCUGGGUUGGUGGGCUGGCUGCUCCCUCCCCUCCCUCUAUGCUCCACAGACAAUGGACCUUCCUGCCAGUGGUUCCCAUGUGCCUGAUGUGGUUCACAAGGGAGGAUCUUGAUGGCCCUGAUGGCAACCGGGGAGAAGGUGGUGGAAGGCAAAUAGUUAUCCUUCCCCCUCCCCCACACCCUGUUUGAUUCUGAAAUGGUUUGGCUAAUGAGCACUAUUUAAAUCAAAUAAAGAGACAUAGAAUCCAAGUAAUUAGGGGGUAUGGGAGAAAGAACGGUGUUUGUGUGUGUGUAUUUCUCUUGCCAUAGUUACAUCAGUGCCCUUAUCUGUGGAAGAGCCUUGGGAUGCCAGCAAACGAAUUUGCCCAGGUUGUUCAGUCGACACAGAAGGAAGGCGAUCAAUUCCACAAGCAGAGAGAGAAUGUGUGUGUCUCAUUAGGGUUGUCAACCAGCCAGCAAUUUGGACUAAAACUUUGCAUGUCCAAAACAGGGAAGAGCGUUCCAGCUUCACUACCAUGCCUGGACGAAAUGUAAACUGCCACUGUCACAGUGCAAAUACACAAAGCUAUGGGCUGCGGCCGCAUUUGGAAUACUGUGUACGGCUCUGGUCGCCUCUGGAUAUUGUAGAGCUGGAGAAGGUUCAGAAAAGGGCGGCCAAAACAACCGACUCCCCUGUGAAGAAAGGUCGAAGCAUUUGGACCUCUUUAGUUCAGAGAGAAGGCUAGAGAGAGGUGGCGUGAUAGAAGUUUGUAAAAUCAUGCAUGGCAUGGAGAAAGUGGAGAGAGAAAAGUCUUCCCUCCCUCUCUCCUGACGCCAGAACUCCAAGGAAGCUGAAUGUUGGGAGUUUCAGGACAGAUAAAAGAAAGUCCCUUUUCACCCAGCUCAGAGUGAAACUUGGCUUUCCAAAGCUCCUUCUGUGGUGUUCAUCCUUUCCUCUGCUCAUUGCCAUUUCCCUUUGCUCUCUUGAAGCAUCUCAAGGUAGGGCCAGGAGUGUCCCCUUGUCUCAAACCCCAGGGAGCUGCUGCAGGGCCCUGUAGGUAAGACUGAGCCAGGUGGACCUGUGGUCUGAUUUGUAUAAGGCACAUUCUGUUAUUCCUAGUUGCCCUGGGCUGGCACAUGGAGAGGCUGUGCCUCCAUAGAGAAACUGCCACUUUUCAGUGUUUGGAAUGAUCACGUCUUUAUGCUAAGGCACUAACUCUGGGCAGUAACCACAGGGCCAGGAGUAAUAACAAUUUGCAUUUGUAACAUUGGCUGGCCUGGUACCUUCUGGGUAGGGACCUGCCCUUAAGAUCCUGUUAUGUUGACCUUCAAAUUUAAUCAUGGUUAAAAAACAACAACCCUGAA